AUGUAUAAACAAUUAAUAUUCUUAUCAAUCAUUUUGUUUAUUGGACAAGUAUUCAGUUCAUCUUGUAUCUUCGGCUCAGGAAAUCAACAAUUUAAUUUUACUUUAGUUGGUUUAAAUAAAACUUAUUCUUAUUUUAUUCAAGAUCAACAAAAUGAAUCAAAUUAUACACUUGAAUGGACCCUUUGUCAAAAUUCAAAUGUGAAAGAUGUACAAUCGACCAUAUUCUAUAAUAAUAAUGGAACAUCAAUUGUAUCGGGUUCAUUUGCAACAGGUUCAACUAAAAUCUCAGACAAUGUAGUUUCAUUCAACUAUUUAUCGCCAACCGUGUUUAACCGUAUCAAUACAACCUAUUAUUUGUAUUGUAAUCCAAACCAAACAGAGUCCUACUUUAACUUUUAUGAAUGCUUUGCAAAUGGUCUCAAUCAAGAAUGUCACAUCCAAACUGCUUAUGCAUGUCCACAACCUUCACAAGAACUCUAUGUCAGUUCGUACGAGGUCAACCCUAAAAACCGAACACUUGUAGUUCGUGGUUACUUUGGAGAUUAUUAUUUAAAUACCUUCAUCGAUGUCGGUGGCUAUGGAUGCGAGAAAUUUUAUUAUCUAUCAAAUUCGUCUAUGAUUACUUGUUUAAUCUAUAAUUAUUCGCCCAAUGGUGGAUACAAAUUGGUCACAUUAUCACUGAUAUCAACAACCAAAAAUUUUACCAAUCAAGAGUCUGUUUAUUUCCCUUCAUAUACUCCAAACUAUGUUUCAAAUGUUACAAUGAAUGGAAAUGUUUUUGUUUUCAAUGGACACUUUAAUAUGUUACAGAAUGGUGGUUAUGUCCUCGUCAAUUACACUGGAUGGAAUAUGUAUACUGAAUGUAGCAUUAUUACUCUAAAUACCUCAAAGAUUGAAUGUUAUUUACCAAACUAUGUCUAUGGUAACCAAUCAAUUCAAUUGAAUUUAUUUGAAUACAAAUUAAAUACAUCUUACUUUAUUUCAAAUACUGCUCCAUAUAGAAUUGAGUCUAGUUAUAAAAACAAUACAACAUUGAUAUUGGAAGGAGAAUUUGGAUCAAGUUUACCAAAUAUUUCUAUCAAUGGUGGACCAUGUAUAAUUUAUAUUUUUAAUCAAUAUUCGAUUCAAUGUAAUGUCACCAACUACCCAACUCAAGGAGGAUAUUUCCCAGUUGAAAUCACUCAACUUUACUAUAAUUAUACUCUUCAACAAAAUGUUUAUUUUAAUCCUAUUUCCUUGGAACAACAAUGUAUGGAUUCAACAAAUAAUUGUAGUGGUAAUGGAUAUUGUAAUUUCUAUGGUACAUGUGUUUGCUAUACUCCAUCAAAUUAUUCAAAUUGUUAUCAAACACCUCAAGAAAAGUGUAUCUAUGAAACUAAUAAUUGUCAAAGAAAUGGAUAUUGUGAUUUUUACGGCCAAUGUCAUUGUUAUCAACCAUCUCCAUACUCUAAUUGUGCUCCUGUAAUUCAAAUUUAUAAUGUGUCUAUUACUCCAAAUAGUCCAGUGAUAAGUAUCUAUCGUAGUCUCCCAUACUAUUUCUACAAUGAAAGGGUAUAUUUCUAUUUUGGUGGGUAUCCCAUUCAAUGUACUAUCUUUGCUUCAAAUAGCACUAAUCUCAACUGUUCCAUCGGUCAAUAUCCAAACACCUCAUCAUUGGACCUCUAUGGCGAGGUGGGUAUUAAUGCUAAUUCAUCAAUGGGACCAUUCCAAACACCUCUCUAUUUAGUAUAUUUCCCUCCUGGAAAUCAAACUGAUUCUUCCAAUUCUUCUGAUUCCUCCUCAUCCUCUUCUUCAUUUGAACCUACAGUAGUUUGUACAUUGAGUCGUGGAAAACUUAAAGUUGUGUACAACGGAAAUGAAGCAAUCAACUGCUCAUCAAAUGGAUACAGUUAUUGUACUACUCCAGGUGGAUUUGAAUGUCAAGGAAACAGUGUCAACUCUAUGACUAGAUGUUCAGCUCCAAAACAAAUCACUUGUCAAGCUACCGAUAUAACUUGUCGUGUUGCUGGAACCAUGUGUAGUAUAUCACCUGUUGAUGGUUCACUACAAAUCCAACCAUAUCCCUCAAAUGAUCCACCAACUUCUACCACCGGUACAACUAGCUCCAUCCAAACAUCUGGAUCCCCAUCCCUAUCAUCAUUAUCCUCACCAAUCAUUAUUCUUCUUUUAUCAAUUAUUUCUUCCUUUUACUUUUUUUAA